AUGAAUGGAGCUAAUAACCUAGAAAAUGAUCCUCACUACACUCAGGAGGAAGAAGAUGGAAUAGGAGAUUAUGGUGUUUCAUUAUUACAUUUUGAUUUUAAAACAAAUAAAGACGAAGAAGAGACUCAAUUAUCUUCAUCUAGCAGUUCAGUCUCUCAUAAGAGGCAACUACAUGCCUUUCCUUCGCCCAUCCUGAUGACCAUUAUUACUUAUGACCCUUUCCCUCAUUACAAUUUAUUAAUUAUAAUAUUUUUAGUGUCAAAAUACUCCUCUAAUGGUUCAAUUCAAAUCCCAGGUGACCUUGGCCAGAAUAAACCAAAUCAAAUCAAAUUAAACAAUUACGUGAAAAAAGAUAUCCAUGGAAGGCAAAGAUCAUUUCAAAAAUCAUGGUAUAGAGGCCGAGACUGGUUGGAGUAUAGUGUAGAAGCUGACGCUGCCUUUUGUUUCCCAUGUAGGAAAUACUUGCGUAAUCCAAGUGAUGAAUUUGGACAAAUGGGAUUCAGAAAUUGGAAAAAUGCUUUAGCUGCCAAGAAGGGACUGCUAAAACACGAGAGCUCAAAAGCUCAUUUAAAUUCAAUUACAAUAUGGCAUGAUAAAAAUCAAAAUAUAAACAAAGGUACAGAAAUAACUAAAAUGUUGGGAGGUGAUCAAAUUAAUCGUAAUCAAUAUUAUAUUAAAUCAGUAUUUUAUUUGAUGCUAUUUCUUAGCAUAAAAGAACUACCUUUCCGUGGGACUGGUUCAACAAAUAUUACGGAUGCUGCAAAAGUUGAAAACAUAAUUUAUUCUUCUGGGCUAUUUAUAGCAAUGUUUUCCUACACCAUCCAAAAAGACCCUGAAUUAAAUAAAAUUAUGAAAUUUAUACCCCAAAAUGCCCAGUAUACAUCACCACAGAUUCAAAACAAAGUAAUAUCCAUUAUGGCAGAUAUGGUGCUUGAACAUAUUUCAGACAAAUAUAAUAAAAGCGAGAUGCCUUUUUUUUGUCUUAAGGCUGAUGAGACAAAAGAUGCUUCAGGUUGUGAAAAUCUGAGCAUAAUAAUUCGCUAUAUUUUUUCUGGAGAAAUCCAAGAAAAUUUAAUAGGAAUCAUUAAUUUAGAGUGUCUUUCUGCUGAAAGCAUUACAGAUUGCAUUUUAAAGCAACUUAAUGAUCUAAAUAUUAAUUCAGCUAAUAUAAUAAGCCAGGCAUAUGAUGGUGCAAACGUUAUGUCUGGCCGAAAUAGAGGAGUGCAAACACUUCUUCAAAAAAAAAUUAAUUAA